AUUUACCCGGAAGUAAGGGAAACCAGGAAGCCCCGUGCAGAAGUAAAACCAAAGACACGCAAACUGUGCCAAUAAAGACAACAAAGGAGGAAAUAAGCGUCCAUCAGCUGCUGUGACAGAGUUAAUCAGUAAUUAGACUAUGGAGUGGUUAUUUUCGCGAGAUGCAAGUGAACUUGGACCGUAGAUGGCGUGAAGGACGAUCUGAAACAUCCCACAGCAGCCUGUGGUUGACUGUCUGCUGACGCCAUCAGUGGAGCAGUCUGAGGUUAAAGGGGAGGUCAGGGCGGAAUUAUGCUGUUGACCCUGCUCAAACUGACCAUCUGUCCGACGUUUCCCGCAAAGGAGCCUGUGUGGUUGCUCCGUGCAGCCAAGUGCCAGCUGAAUCUUUCAUCCCCUCCAGAAGGAAAAAAGAAAAACAUGCAAAACCAACGCUAAAGUUGCAAUUGACGUGGAUUAUUUUUAAUUAUUUUUGGGGGGGGGGGGUGGAAGGAUUUUUUUUUGCGUGAAAGAGCCAGGAGGGGAAAAGUGCGCGGAGGAAGCAUCCAGGCUAUAUGAGGAUCGGCACACGCUGGUCGGUUCCCCCACGCAGAGAUGCCCGUGCGCGCUGUGACCACCAGGUUCAUGUACAAGGGACUGUGCACCAUCCCGGAUGUCCUCACCUACCGGACCCCGGUCAACCUGCCGGAGGAUGAGGUGGAGGAGAUCCGCGAGGCGUUCAAAGUGUUCGACCGGGAUGGGAACGGCUUCAUCUCCAAGCAGGAACUGGGCAUGGCCAUGCGGUCCCUGGGCUAUAUGCCCAACGAGGUGGAGCUGGAGGUCAUCAUCCAAAGACUGGACAUGGACGGGGACGGCCAGGUGGGCUUCGACGAGUUCGUCACCUUGCUGGGUCCCAAACUGUCAGCAGCCGGGAUGCCGGAUAAGUUCCACGGGGCGGACUUUGACUCUGUGUUUUGGAAGUGCGACAUGCAGAAACUGACGGUGGACGAGCUGAAGAGGCUCCUCUACGACACUUUCCGGGACCACCUAACCAUGAAGGACAUCGAGAACAUCAUCAUGACCGAGGAGAGCCACCUGAACAGUCCGGAGUCCCACGUGGACAUUGACACCAGCCCCACGCAGCAGGAGAAACACACCUGCGUGCGUAAAAGUCUGAUCUGUGCCUUCGCCAUCGCUUUCAUCAUCAGCGUCAUGCUCAUCGCCGCCAAUCAGAUGCUCCGACGAGGGAUGAAGUGAAUGUUCCGAGCGUUUUUGCGAUAAACCAAAUAUCUUUUCUGUCUCUCCACGUUUCCGACUUUUCACCAGCUUCCUGAGAACAAAUGAUGUCAGACGGUAAAAAAAAUGGAGAGUAACUUCACGAUCCAAUGCAAUACAGAGUCAAUUAUUCUCUUAUUUAUGAUACUUAAUUAAAAUGUUGGGGCUUUAACACAGCUCAACUUAUGGAGGUGCCGGAUUUAUUGUUAAAAAAAAAACAUGAUGCAAGGAAUAAAAAGGAUAUUAUUGAAAAAUUAUUAAAACACUCAAUCAGCACAAAAAUGUGUAAAUUUAAAAAAAAAAGCAAUAAAACUCCAAUUGCCUAAGUGUAAAAUUUGGACGUACAAAAUAAUUGAAUGAGCCCAUGGUUUAUGAAGGCUAUUACAUAAAUAAAAUACGUACAGUACAGGCCAAAAGAUUGGACACACCUUUUCAUUCAAAGCGUGUUCUUUAUUUACAUCUUAGAUUGUCACUGAAGGCUUUCUGCUCUCCCAAUCUGUGGACGCUCUCCCUGACCACCUGAGGGCACCACAGACUGUUAAUGCUGUUAAAAAAAGGCUUAAAAAAACGUUUUUUUUUCUAUCCCCUCUUAAUAAGCAAAUAAUAUUAUAAAUACAUUUAAUAAAGUCAAAUUUAAAUAAGUCAACAAGAGAACUUUUUGAUUUUCACUGAAGGCUUUCUGCUCUCCCAAUUCGUGGAAGCUCUCCCUGACCACCUGAGGGCGCCACAGACUGUUAAUGCUGUUAAAAAGGCUUAAAAAAUACUUUUUUUUCCUAUCCCCUCUUAAUAGGCAAAUAAUAUUAUAAAUACAUUUAAUAGAGUCAAAUUUAAAUAAGGCAACAAGAGAAGUAUCCUACACUUCUCUUUUGUAAAGUAAAUCUGAACAACCGAUACGGGCAUCUACAUCAACUAUAUGAUUUGCCUGAGAAGCUGGACAGGACCAAAACAUUUAAAAAUAUAUAUUUUUUAAUUUAAAAAAAAAGAAGGCCUUUUUUUUUAGAUGUAUGCAUACUAGUUGUAGCUAUGAGGCUGUUGUAGUUUUUAUUUUUAUUCAUUUUUCUUUUUCGUUUUCUUUUUACUUGUUUAAUACACUGCAGCACUCUGAGGUUGUUUACUUAAUACUUAAUACUAACAUUAUUAUUAUUAUUAACAAAACUAUGAAAGGUGAAAAAGCUGAAAACAUGUUUUAUAUUCGAGUUUUUUUCCAAAAUAGCCACCCUUUGCUCUGAUCACUGCUUUGCACACUCGUGGCAUUCUCUCCAUGAGCUUCAAGCACAACUGUGAAGUGAAAAACAUUUCAGGUGACUUCAAUCAAUGCAAUCAAUCAAUGUUUAUUUAUACAGCCCCAAAUCACAAAUGUCUCAAAGGACUGCACAAAUCAUUACGACUACAACAUCCUCGGAAGAACCCACAAAAGGGCAAGGAAAACUCACACCCAGUGGGCAGGGAGAAUUCACAUCCAGCGGGACGCCAGUGACAAUGCUGACUAUGAGAAACCUUGGAGAGGACCUCAGAUGUGGGCAACCCCCCCCCCCCCCCCUCUAGGGGACCGAAAGCAAUGGAUGUCGAGCGGGUCUAACAUGAUACUGUGAAAGUUCAAUCCAUAGUGGCUCCAAGACAGCAGCGAGAGUCCCGUCCACAGGAAACCAUCUCAAGCGGAUCAGCAGCGUAGAGAUGUCCCCAACCGAUACAGGCGAGCGGUCGAUCCUGGGUCCCCACGAGCGGUCCAUCCUGGGUCACGACUCUGGACAGCCAGUACUUCAUCCAUGGUCAUCGGACCGGACCCCCUCCACAAGGGAGUGGGGGACAUAGGAAAAAGAAAAGAAGCGGCAGAUCAACUGGUCUAAAAAGGAGGUCUAUUUAAAGGCUAGAGUAUACAGAUGAGUUUUAAGGUGAGACUUAAAUGCUUCCUCUUGAAGCCCAUCCAGAGAAUGCCAAGAGUGUGCAAACUAGUAAUCAGUUAUUUCACCUGUAUUUUAUUUAUUUUCAUGACUAUUUACAUCGUAAACCUUUUCCGGUGACUACCUCUUGAAGCUCAUCCAGAGAAUGCCAAGAGUGUGCAAAAAAGUGAUCAAAGCCAAGGGUGGCUAUUUUGAAAAAACUAGAAUACAAAACAUGCUUUCAGUUAUUUUUUCCUUUUUUUGUUAAGUACAUAACUCCACAUGUGUUCAUUCAUAGUUUUGAUGCCUUUAGUGACAAUCUACAAUGUAAAUAGUCAUGAAAAUAAAGAAAACCCACGUGUGUCCAAACUUUUGGCCUGUACUAUAUAUAACGAAGUUGAAUGUAUAUCAAGAAUGAAUGUUAAAGGGUUUCUAAAUACUUUUCUAAAUGUGUUAUUCUACUUGACAAACAGUGAGCCCACAUUUCGCUCCACUCAUUUUGCACUUUUCUACACGGUACAGUGGAACCCGUUUAUGUCGGAUUUGGCCGGCGGACGUCAACAUAAGCGGUUGGCGACUUAACCCAUUUACUUGCACAUUGCACUUGUCUUGACUUUGGCCGGUGAGGGACUUAAGUUUGAUAUUUUUAUUAUUUUUAGUCAUUUGUUAUAAUUGUUGGAAUUGGCCGUGUCUAAAUUGCGGCCUCGCGACACGUCGGCGGAAAAAAAAAAUUACUUUAAAAUAUAGGAAAAAGUAGCAAAAAUACGUGUUGUAAUGAGAAAAAAGCUGAGAAUUUGAUACAAAAUGUUAAAAGUAAGUACUUUGAUAUGUUCUUUAAAGGCCUACUGAAAUUAGAUUUUCUUAUUUAAAAGAGGAUAGUAGGUCCAUUCUAUGUGUCAAACUUGAUCAUUUCGCAAUAUUGCCAUAUUUUUGCUGAAAGG